UGAGUGGAAGCCAGUGGAGGGAUUGGCAGAGAGGGGUGGAGGACACUGAGUGGAGGCCAGUGGAGGGAUUGGCAGAGAGAGAUGGAGGACACUGAGUGGAGGCAGUGGAAGGAUUGGCAGAGAGGGGUGGAGGACACUGAAUGGAGGCCAGUGGAAGGAUUGGCAGAGAGGGGUGGAGGACACUGAAUGGAGGCCAGUGAAGGGAUUGGCAGAGAGGGGUGGAGGACACUGAAUGGAGGCCAGUGGAGGGAUUGGCAGAGAGGGGUGGAGGACACUGAAUGGAGCCAGUGGAGGGAUUGGCAGAGAGGGGUGGCAGAUACAGAACGGUUAGUAAGGUGGAUGAGUCUGGCAGCAGCA